GAUCGCCAUAUUGGAUUUUGUUGUGCUUCGGUGAAAAACAUUGAGAGCACGUGGAUUGUAAAAAAUUUAUUAUUGACCAAAAUUCAUUGAUAUUUUCAACAUUUUGUUUACAAAUUUUAUCUAUUAUUAGUAUACUUUUCCAAGUGACUAUAAUUGCAUUACAUUGUGAACAUUGUGAAAGUGGCUGAUCAUAAUGGCUCCAUGUCGUCAACUUAUCAUGUGGUCAGUCCCAUCAAUAGCAGUUUUACUAGGUAUAUACUGGUUCAAAAAGAAAAGGGAGUAUGCAAAAUCUGACCCUGGAGGAAGAGAGAAGUUGAAAACUUUGAAAGAGGAGUUGGCAGAAGCUCUAAAUGCCCAACUCGAGGAUAUGAAAAAAUCUCCCAUAGGCAAAGCAGACCGCUCCUUAAUUAAGUCUGCACCUAUUGACAUCGUUGCUAAUGGUUAUGGUUCACAACACUCAUCACCGAUGCAACUGACGGACGAGGAGGUUGACAUACAAAUAGAUAAGAUCAUAAGAAAGAAAUCUUUAGAAAAAGAGAAGAGGUCUGUCGUCAAUGGCAGCCAGAAGGAGAGUGAUAAAUGUGUGAUUAGUGGAUCUCUAACUAUAGCUCCUAAUUGUACUCUAGUUGCAUCUUUCAAAGCGGAAUCUCCCGCUGAUAAUUUUUUUAGUGUAAAAGAGGAAGUCGUCCAAGAGCCUCCAAUAGAAAGCAAGCAUUACGAAGACUCAAAUAUUUUGCAGCCCCAGGACACAAUGACUUGUGAAGUCCAUGACUCUACUGCUGACAGACUGAAUGAAAAUGAUGGCCAAAACAGUAGUAGUGUUAAAGAAGAGUCCUGUGAGAAUGCACCACAAGAAAAUGAAGCUCAAUUUUCAAAUCCUCAAACUAGGCGUAUUUCAGAAAGGGAUUCUGCAAAUCAUAGCCCUGUGGAUCCUUUGCUUGCAAGUCCAUCAGUAUGUCACUUCUCUGACAGUCACAGUGAGGGAUCCAGUGAUAGUGGAAAAGGAUGCUCCGAAGCAGCCAGCCCGCCUCCGGCCAAUAUGAACAUGGUAUCUACAGAGGCCGGUUUGAGAAUACACCAGUUUUUAAUACCACAGACAUUAGUUGGUCUAUUAAUAGGAAAAUAUGGCUCAUUUGUGACCAGAAUAAAGGCUAAGACUGGUGCAACUGUGUAUGUCAGAAAGCACCCAGAACUUAUGAAGCAAAAAAUAUGUGCAAUUGAAGGAACCCAGAGCGAAAUAGAAGCUGCAUUAGAAAUGAUUAAAGAGAAAUUCCCAGAAAAGAGGUUCCCCAAUUUCACGACGCAAGAAAUAAGUGCAGAAUUAUAUCAAAGAUUGGUACCUCUACUGCCUGAAUUUUUGCAAUUACAGCUCGUGGAGUCGGUCAAUAAUGACACGAUCAUGACAUGCCUAGUCAGUGCGGGGCAUUUCUUCCUGCAGCAGCCGCUGCACCCAACCUUCCCAUCACUGCAUGCCCUGCAUCGGCUGAUGGCUACCACAUAUCAAAAUUCAGAUGUGCCUUCCCUGCCACAUCCCAUCAAAGAGGGUUCCAUCUGCGCCGCACCGACAGAGAACAACUGGUAUCGCGCGCAAGUGAUCUCCACCUCGGAAGAGAAUGACACGUCCGUGGUGAAACUCGUCGACUUCGGCGGAUACUUGACCGUAGACAAUGACCAGCUGAGGCAGAUUCGCUCAGAUUUCAUGACACUUCCUUUCCAGGCAACGGAAGCCCUUUUAGCGUUUGUGAAACCAGCAAACAACGAAGCGGAAUGGAGCGGCGAGGCGCUGCGCAUCAUGGCGGGUCUGACGGCGGGGCAGCUGCUGCACGCGCAGGUGGCGGGAUACGACGAGGCCGCACGGCCGCUGGUGCACCUCUACCUCACCAUCAACCCGCAGCAAGUGAUAUUCUUAAACCAAGAGCUGGUGGACCGCGGGCUGGCGGAGUGGGACGUGCCCGCCGACACGUGAGCUCCGCCCCCCGCCGCCCGCCCCGCCCCACACGACCCUAAUGUGAGAUUACAUCCUAGCGUCAGACAUCCUCCAGCCCUCACCACGAACACGUUAACGUGUGAUCUUACAUUACGAGUUACGUUCAAAGAGUCUUCGCGUUCCUCGAUAUAACAGUAGCUACUUCGUUUGUCGCGCCGCUGCAGGGAAAGUCCGUUUCCAGAGUAGAUUUUUAUGUGUUGACUUUUUUUUGUAUAUUGAAGUAAUAUUAAACGACUGAUGUAAGUGCUAACGAACAUAUUCCUAUGGAGUUUAGAUUUGUAUUUAAUUACGCGUAUAAUCCUACGAGUAAUACGAAUUAUACGCUUAAGUGUUAAGUCGAGCAGUGAAUGCUGUCUGAUAGUUUUAGGAAUUAUAUUUUGGCACUUUAGGUCGUCGAGUGAUGGUCAGGAUGCUCAUUAUAAUCGAUGAAACGCACUGCCUCGAGCAUUUUUUUACCGAUUUCCGUAUCGAUAGGAUCCGCAAUCUUUAUUUCGCCUUAUGAAUCGUGCCUUGUUCAUGUAAUAUGAUGUAAAAAUAUUAAGAUGUAGAAGUUUUUUUAGAAAAUUCUUCUGGAAAAACUUUUUUGUUGUACUGAUCUGACUUCUAAAAAUUAAAUGUAAAUAUUUCUAAAUGUAGAUCUACGUAAAGUACGUAAGCGUUCUUCUUUACCGGUGCCUCUCAUUUGUCGCAAUGCAGAAGUGACGCGGUGUAUUUGUGACUCAUUUAUUUUUACUUUAAAGUCUGUGACUUGGAGCUGGUCGCUUUCAAUAAGGUGACUCGGGAGUCAUAUUUUGUACGAGAUGAUUUGAGACAGGUACCGACUAGGCUGCUACUAUGCACACUGUUAAAUUUGGCAUGUUUAUACAAAUACUUAAGUUAUAAUGAGCAGUCGAUUGUCCUGACUUUAAUAAUGUACAUAAUAUUAGAUUUAAGUAGAUACUAAAAGCAAUUUGGUACUUGUGUUCUAAAGUUCAGUAUUUUUACUAUGUUCGCGAUUUAGGUGUUUACAAUAGUGUUCGAGUUUGUAUGCAUACUGUGUAGUGAAUUUGGCAGGCUAUGUUUUGUUUAAGGUUACAUUGGUUUGUAGUUAGCUUCGGGAGUACACUCUGUAUCUGAUAUUUUAUUACAAAUCGAUGGUGUUUAUUUACGGAACAAAUACUGGAUUAGCUGAAUUCUGAGAGAUUUGAUCGUUGUGGCUAGGUCUCCGUUUGCAUAUUGUUGAUACCCCUAUUGUAUAUAAAUUAAUAUAUUUGCGGUUAAAUCAAUAAAUUAUCGUUUUUAAAAUUA